CACAUGGUGUGGCAGCGGCCAGAUCCGCCACCGGCGACGUCGGGAGAUUCGAGAUCUGGUGAUGGUGAAGUUGGAGACAGAUAGGAAGCUGCUGCGCGUGCCAUGAGCGGCGCGACCAAGGAGAAGACAGCGGGCUCCAAGGAGCCGCCUCCGCAUCCUGCACCUGGGCAAGCAACGACCAAGGGCAAUGCCGAGAUCUGCAUCAACUGUUCCCUCCCAGGUCAUUUCGCUCCUCGCUGUCCUACUAUUCGCUGCGAAAAAUGCAACAAAUUAGGUCAUAUGGCUCAGCUUUGCCAAGUUCUGAGGCCAUGGGAAUGCAUUCCUCUCAUGUGUGGGUUUCAGUCGCCUGGUCAGGGAUUCUUCUAUAUUCCUGAUAUGUGUGCUGCUAAACAUAGUGCAGAGAAAACUAAUAAUGUGGUGAUUACUAUAGUGGAGGGUGAUGCUACUGUUAAAGACAUUGAGCAGGAAUUUAAUGCUAUAUUUGCCAAAAAACCUGGGAAAAAGAAAUGGCGGUGUACGGCCCGCUCUAUUGGCCCUGCUCAGUAUGUGAUGCGAUUCCCUAAUGCUAGUGAAGUAGAAAGGGCAUGUUGUUAUGGAAAACGCUUGCCUCUGAAGGAAGGGAACAUUGUUGUAUGUAUUACUCCUUGGACUGCUUCUAUUGGAGCCAAAGGCAUUAUGGAGAAAGCAUGGGUUAGGGUUCGCAACAUUCCCAUAGAGAAAAGAUGCACUGAACAUAUAGCUUAUGCUGGAGCUCUAGUUGGGAUUACUUUAGAAGUUGAUGAAUCGACCGUUCAUAAACCUGAAUAUGCUAGAAUCCUUCUCGGUUGUAGAGAGGUUGAGAAAAUUCCCCCUUCAGCUGAAGGAAUGCUGGGAGAACAGUAUUAUGAUUUUUUCUAUGAAGUUGAAAAAGUUGUGACUGUGGGUGUUGAGAAAAGUCAGUCCUAUACUGCUGUGGAUAGCAGUGCAUCUCCUUCCUUCCCCAAGAAAGCGAGGAUGGACUCAUAUCCUGCUUCUUCCAUGGGGCAGGGGGAGACGAAUACAUCCGUGACUGGUAAUUUUUCCUCUCAGAACUAUGGUAAGGGUAUGCAGAGGCUUCCGGCAGUGGCUGAGAGUGAAGAAGAAGAUGAGAGUGAGGAAGGUAAGAACACAGAGCUUCUGAUUGAGACUAUGGCCAGAGAACAUGCGGCUGAAAAAAUGUCUUAUUGUGGAUCUCAAUCUGAUAAAAAAUCAUGUGAGAAUGUCUCUGAGGAUUUGAAAGUGGAAGAGAUGACUGAAUCUCCCAGUAAUGAGAUCAGUGUGCAUCAAGACUAUGUGGUUUGGCCCUCCCUGCCUCACAUUGUGCCUCUCGAAGAGGGUUUCAUGGAAGGAGGAAAAAACUGCAGUGUCUAUACAGUUGAAUCUCCCUCUGGAUCCCCAAUUCAUGACUGCAUGAGUCAGGGAGAAGAUAUCUCGCGCAGACAGAAGCAGAAGUUGGAGAAGGUGGGAGAUGUGGCCACCAACGGAAUGAAGAAGCGCAAUUUGGAAGAACUUUCUAGAUGUCUGUUGCAAGAUAAAAACAUUGAUAGUAAUUCGCAAAAAAUAACUGUCAGUGAUGGGUUUGGCAAUGAUGUGCCCCUCUCUUUAACAUGGGACGAUGAUAGUGGAGAUAUUGAAGAACCAUUCAUCCUGGUUCAAUCUAAAAACAAGAAAAAGAAGUAUCACCAAUUCUUCCCUCUGGUUUCUGAGAUCUGGUCAAGGCCUGUAUACACUUCAAACUCCAUUGACUCCUUGAAUAUUAAACUUAAGAGGAUUAAGAAGUUUUUUAAGGGCUGGGGAUCUAAUUUUUUUGGUCACAAUAAGAUCAGGAGAAAAAUUAUCAAGCUCGAGUUGCAGGAGCUUGAAAAACUGGAAGAGACUUAUGGUUUAUGUGGGGAUGCCUACACUAGGAAGUUGGAUAUUCUAGUGGAGCUUAAUAAGAUCACAAAAAAUGGCCUCAUUAAAGGUUUAACUGCUGAUCUUAUUGAGAAUGGGGUUUGCAUCCUGCAAUACGCGGAUGACACAGAGCAGGAAUGCACGGUUGCAUCUUGGGCGACUAACAACUAUGAGCUGGGCUUUAGACGUAGACUGGUUGGGGUGUUGGGUUUGCUAAAGGAAGAAGAAAGGGCGAAGCUCCAGUCUGGAGUGAAGAGGUUGGCUCACGCGGCUGCUGCGCUGGUGGACAGGUCCCUCCCUCGAGGCAGAUCCCUUUUGGGUGACAGAGAAGGGAUCCAGAUUGGUUAG